AUGUUGCGUCAUAUUUCCCUCCGAAGAGGCCUAACGACGUGCGCCGUGGUGAGCACGGCGGGAAUGUUGUGCCAUCGGGCGCAACUCUGUUCGCUGCUUCGCCACCAGAGCACGGCGGCGGCGGCGGCGGCGGCGGCGGUCAAGCCUUCACCAAAGAAGAAGAUUCAUGCGCUGAGUACAAACACAUCCGAUGCCUCUGCCUAUGUGGUCGCCGAUGAUAUUCCUGACUUCUCCUCACUGCGGCACACAGGCUACCUGCUGUUUCAUGGGCGGCGUAUGUGGGUGCCAAUGCUCAUGGCCACCGUGUACUGCGCCGCGGCUCCACUCUAUGCCGCCCCCUGGGUUACGCAGGGCCUCUAUUGGAGCCUCUGCGUGAUGCUGCAACGCCUUAGCGUUCGAGGAAUGAUGAACCACGCCUCCAAGGACCUCAGCGGGUACACCUGCGUCGUGACAGGGGGCACCAGUGGGAUUGGACUGUACACCGCAAUGCAGCUGCUCGACAUGGGCGCUCACGUCGUGAUUGCGGCGCGGCCGGGGCGCGAGGCGGCGACGCGGGACUUCCUCAAGGCGAAUUGCGAGUGCGCUCGCGACUCCGAGGAGGAUGUUCUGCAGGGACGCCUCACCUUUGUCGCAUUGGAUUUGUCCGAUCAACUUGACGUCAUGGCCUGCGCCGCCCGCAUUAAGGGGAAGUUUGACAAUCGGAUUGACCUGCUAGUGAACUGCGCCGGUGUCUGGCGGGAGGAGCCCACUGUGACAAAGCAGGGCUUUGAGGUACACAUUGGCGUCAACUUCCUUGGGCCGUUUCACCUGACGGAGGCCCUCUUGCCGUCCCUGCGGCGGUCAAGGCACGGCGGUCGCGUCGUGUACGUGACGUGCUCCUCGCACAACGGGGUGCACAAGGCAAACGUUGUCAAGGAGCGCAUGAUGCUAAAGCCCUCGCCAGAUGAGGCCCAGGUCACGGCGCGCUGCUACAGCGCCUCCAAACUUGGCAACGUUUACCACGCGCAGUACAUCGCCACACGCCGCUACGAGGGGGUGCCGCUUAAUCAGCCCACCGAGCUGCGUCCGGUGGAGGUGUGCAUCGCCGACCCAGAGUUUUGCGCGACGAACCUCACCUGUCGUGAUUCACCGCCGCUGCUCGGAACGAACAUCCUUGCCCGCACACUGCGUUCACUGUGGAUACGGAACGCCUACGAGGGGAGUCAGACUGUAGUGAACUGCUGCGUACGUGAUGAGAUAGAAAAUGGUGGCUACUACGCAGAGUGCAUGCAGAUGCCAAGCGGGCUUAGCCGACGGGCACACGACCCGAAGAGCCGAAACGAGGUGAUGCAGUGGGCCAUGACGAAUACGAUCGCAAGGUAUUACACAAUGCGGCCAGCUGCGUCAAGUCAACACGUGGGCGCGGCUGCGACGGGUGGCGCCCCUCCAAAGAAGGAUGACAAAAGCCCCUAA